AUGCUUCUCCAGACAAUUAUCGCCGUGGCAUCAUUUAUGAUCGCCACGGUCAGUGCCGAGGUCAUCAGAUAUGAACGUCCAUCAAUCUACCAGAAGUCAGCACAUUUCGGCCUAAUGGUCAACGGCACAGACAUGUAUACGGUCAGCUAUGCCCGCUACGACUAUGUGCAGCUCUCCAUGGACGAAGGCGAACCGACUGAGUUCCGCAUUCGCAAAUUGGACAACCAACCUAUCAAAUCGUACAGCAUCACGCCGCGAAAGUUACCCAUCGAGGCCAAGGUGGAAGGUGACACGCUCGUGUUCUCCGUCAAACAGGCGCAUUACCUUAUUGUGAAGAUCGACGAUAAGAAGGAGUUUGUGAUCGUGGCGGACCCCACAGAGGAAGACAUCCCCAAGCCGGACGGCCCAGGCGUCUACAAUGUGCUCAAAUACGGCGCGGACAAGACUGGAAACACGGUCACUGAUGGGAUCCAAAAGGCGAUGGACGAAGCCGCCAAGAGCACGGGCAACACUGUUUAUGUCCCUCCGGGCCUUUACACCAUCGGCAACCUCCUCCUCCGCAACCGCACCUCGCUGUACCUGGGCCGGCGGUCGGACCUAAAGAUGCAGGGCACAUGGUGGAUCCAAACCGAGUUCGAAUCGACUGAUAUCAAGGUCUUCGGCCGCGGGACCAUUGAUGGUAAUGGCUUCGACACUCGCCGGAACAAGUUCUUGGCGGACCUGCUGGUCCCGGUGGGCACCAAAAACUUCAAGUGCGACGGCAUCCUGGUCCGAGACAGCUCUUUCUGGGCGGUCACGCCCAUCCAGUCCGAAGAGGUCACCUUCACCAACCUGAAGAUCCUCAAUCGCUUCGACGUCACCCAGGACGACGGGUUCGACGCCGUCGAGUCUAGCAAGGUGAGGGUGAUCCGCGCCAUAGCAAUCUCCAAGGACGACAACUUCUCCGCGAAGACGUGGCCGUACAAGACGGGCACCACGGUUCCGUACCCGUUCCCGCCGCGGCCGCUGAGCAACGUCUUCUUUGACGACUGCCUGGGCUGGUCCGACUGCUACGGCUACAAGAUCGGGCAGGGCGUCUGGCAGGACCAGGACACGGUCACGUUCCAGAACAGCGUCGUCUACACCGCCGCCGUCGGCAUGGGCGUCGACCACAAGUUCGGCUCCGCCGCGGCGGGCCGCAUCACCUUCCGGAACAUGGACAUCGAGGGCCUGCACGGCAACGCCCACGGCCAGGCCGCCUGGCUCACCGUCUACGUGCAGAACACCGGCAGCGGGGUCGGCCCCGUCACGGACCUCCGCGUCGAGAACGUCAGGGCGCGCGCCUCGGGGUACAAGGGGGGCUGGCUCCAGGGCUACAACGCCUCCUCGAUGGUGAGCGGGGUGACCCUCCAUAACAUCAUCAUGGGCAAGAACACCGAGCCUGCCCGGUCGUUGAAGGAUAUGAACAUCGUCCAGACGGAUUUCUCCGAGGGCAUCAAAGUCUCCUGGCCCUAA